UGACAGAAAGAGAAGAUGGUCUAGUCAUAUGUCAAGAAAGAAAUAACAUGCAGGAAAGCGAGGGCACUGUAUCGGUAUCCUCUCAGUGUCAGGAGAAAUUAAGAAAGGCCUCCAACACUUUGGGUGGACAUCCAAAGAGAGGAGGUGGAGAACCUUUGGGAGAACGUGGACAAGUAGAGCAAGAUGGGCAGCCAUUGAUAAUUUCAGUCUGCAUUAUAGGAGGGAACUCCUGACUCGAUGAGAUCAAAGCUAAAUAAAUAUAUUACCAAUAUAUUUGAGUUUGAUCCCUUCUCCUGGUCUCAGAGUCACCACUCUAGUGAAGACGGCAACAAACCAGAUGAGUGGCUAACGGCUGACUAUGAAGAAUUAUUGGAAGGAACAGUGGACAGGAAGCAAGAAUCCAGCAGAACGUUCCAACAUGUACAUCUGACCCAGAGCUCAAGCUUCCUUCCACCCUGGGACCUGCGGAUUCUGAUUGGUGAGCAUUCACCUUAUCUUGCUCAGUCACCACACUGCUUGCUGGCCAUCUUCAUACCAACAUCACCAUGUACAUCCUGGCUUCUAAACCUAGCUCUGAGAAUUGUAAUCAAAUCAAUACUACCAUACCUGGAAAGAACAUGUCAAUCAAUUAUGAUUCCAAUCACCAUUGUCCAAAAUACUCCUCCCUGGCUACCACUUCCCACUAGCUCCCAAGCAAAGACAAUAAGGAGAGGCCCCGAAGUAGAGACUUUGGUGAAGGUGACAGUUAUUUUUGUAGCCCAGACCCCUGUUCUGCAAACAAAUCAGCCUAGAGCCCCUUCAGGGAUUGUAGCAAUGUUACAAGGCUAUAGCAGUGUAGUUUUGGGCCUUCGGACUGGAUGCCAGAUACUUUGUGUCAUAUGGUGGGUAUUGUCAGGGCUGACCAGGCUACUCCAGACCAAAGAACUGGGCACCUUGCCUAUGAAUCAGGCACCGUUGGGCGAUGACCCAAAGCUUCUGGUUGCCUUUUGA